AUGGCUGACGAAUACAACGCUGAGGAGGCCGCCGAGCUCAAGAAGAAGAGAGCCUUCCGAAAGUUCUCUUACCGAGGAAUCGACCUCGACCAGCUCCUCGACCUCUCCUCCGACCAGCUCCGCGAUGUUGUCCACGCUCGCGCCCGCCGCAGGAUCAACCGUGGCCUGAAGCGCCGCCCCAUGGGCCUCAUCAAGAAGCUCCGAAAGGCCAAGCAGGAGGCCAAGCCCAACGAGAAGCCCGACCUCGUCAAGACCCACCUCCGAGACAUGAUUGUCGUCCCCGAGAUGAUUGGUAGCGUUAUUGGUAUCUACUCCGGCAAGGAGUUCAACCAGGUCGAGAUCAAGCCUGAGAUGGUUGGUCACUACCUGGCUGAGUUCUCUAUCUCAUACAAGCCUGUCAAGCACGGUAGGCCCGGUAUUGGUGCCACGCACUCUUCUCGUUUCAUUCCCCUCAAGUAA